UCUAUCCAUUUCAUCAUCUGUAUGUAUAGACCAGGUCUUCCCGUACCUCUCGUCGCCUCGUUUCUCCGCCGUCCUGUGAAGAUGAAUGAGCUUUCGAUUGGGCAGUGCAUGAGGAACAAGUCGGCAGCUGCGGUUGAGCUCCUAAUGUUAAUUUCCAGCUCGGUUUAGUAAUUCUCGUACUAGUGAUUCGGCAAUCGCAGCUGGUUCUGUAUGGAAGUCUUCGUUUUGCUUUAGUUAAGCUUGAAGAUCAGCGACCCCCGGAACCCUAAUUUUGAAUCGGUUGCUCUGUCGUGACUCCGUUAAGAGUAUGCAUGAGGAGUGGAGUUCCCUGAGAUAACUCCCCUCAAUGAAUUAUCCGUUUGACUGCCUUCUAAUCUGAAGAGAGUAUGCGAAGUUCCAAUCUUGCUGUUAAAAGGGAAAACUUUUUUGCAAAUUUGCUGGGAUCAUGAUCUCAUUGAUAUGCCUUGGAUUGGUGUCGGAUAGUAUUUUAUAUCACUGCUGCUGUGUUAUCACUUCCUCGGCUACUCGGGGAUGGUUCUAUUCUGCUAUUCAUAUAUCUCUUUUUCUAUACCAUCUUGUUGAGCUGACUCCUUUACAUUAUGUUGGUUAUCUGACAUCUUUUAUGGGUUCUUUUGUGGCACUUUGCUGAUUCGGGAUCCUGCCCGUUAUCUUCACUGCAGUCCUGGUGGGACUUGCUUUUAUGUUUUCAUCGAGCAUCCUCCUGCAGAUCUUGGCAUGUGCAUUGUAUAACAAUUGGUGGCCGAUGUUAUCAGCUCUGAUGUAUGUUCUGGUGCCUAUGCCCUGUCUAUUUUUUGGAGGUGGGUCCACUCAGUUUCUGAUCACCCGAGAUGGUGGAGGUUGGAUCGAUGCUGCUAAGUUCUUGACGGGGGCAUCGGCUGUGGGGAGCAUAGCGAUUCCAAUCAUCCUGAGACACGCUGAUCUAAUCAACACGGGAGCUAUGUUUAUUGAGUUCACAUCUUUCUUCAUCUUUGCAAUGACCGUCCUGUGCUUCCACCGAGCUAGCCUUGACGACGAGUGGUGAUUGACUGACUGCGCCAUUUUCAGUGGACAAAAGAUUCCGGAAAUUAUCAUCCUGUAAAUCUGUUCUAAUUUUAUAAACAAAUCUAGAAAUGUACAAUAGUGUUGUCUUUGGACUAUUUGAGGAGACACAUUCUCUGUUGUGAAAGAGUAGCUGUUUUGGCAAUAUUUCUUUUGUUUCUCAGCAGCGUGUGAGCUAUCGCUUGCUCAUAAACUAUUUUUCUUGGCAAUCGAUAUUCUGUGUUGGGUCCAA